AUGAGUAUGACUGCGAUGAUAGCCUCGAUACUGCUCACCCCUCCCAGCAGUCCGUCUCCUUCACCUAGAAAGCCAGUGGCUAUUCCCAUCGCAACCGCUGCAGCCUUGCAAACAAAACUGCCCUCACAACCCGUUAAAGAUGCUCAAGCCUUGUUGCAGCCAACAUCCAUACUAGCAGUGAAUGCGAUAUCAACCACGAAUACCAGAUCAACGCUGCAGAUCACAAACACCAACUCCCUACCACGCACACUCGCCGCUCUCAAGAGGGCCCUCCAUAUCGACGGCUGGCAGUGCGGCGCCCAGACGCUUAAGAACACAGAAUGCAAGCGCUCUGUUAUAAAUGGCAACAAGAACCUCAUUGACGCGCAGCUUGCGUCCAUGACAGGCCUGACGCGUGCCUCUCCAGACAUUCAAUCCGCCCUGCUCAGGCUCGUCAUGCUAGUGCAUUGCUACCAGCACAAUGCGGGCCGACCAAAGGAGUGCCGACUUGAGGCAUGGAGGCUUGCAUUUCCGUCUGGUAGUGCUGAUGGCAGCGCGUUUGAAGUUCCUAUUGAGCAGCUUAUCAGGAAAGCUCUCGAGCCGUUCAGUAUCAAAUGCAUUGCCCACGAUAACACAGGACCGUGCAAGGGGAGGAUUGGUGGAUGGAAAGUGCAGAACUGCAAAAGAACGCUUCAAGAGCUCAUCAAGCAGGAGAUAUACUCCGACGGCGCUAGGCUCGAGUUCCUGCUUAAGGUGUUGGAGUGGAAUAGGACUUGCAAGACCCAUCAAAGCUCGAGGCGAUUCACAUGGGUUGCGGCGUGGAGAGAGAGCAUUAUGGCGAUACUGCCUCUGUCAACGCCACUCGGCGACCAGGCCCUUACAAGCAACGCACCGAACAAGCUUCAAACCUCUGCAAGGGCUCAAGCUGGUCCUCUCAUCGCCACAACUUUGUUGAGGACAGAGAAGAGGGACUCCCUCACCGUGCAGAUCUUGCCGAGCCCACGAGCUCCCCCCGUUAGCCUAGACGCUGAUCCGGCAUUGUACUGGCCAGAAGCCUACGACUCGAGCCCUUUCGACAUCCUCCCACAUGCUGACCACAACGCUAGUCCUACACGCUCGCACACGCUGAUCUGCGACGAGAUCAAAAAAUCACUAGAUGCCCGUGACCCUCGAAGUGGAUGUAUCUACGCGUACGAAGUCGAGGGCAACGAAGGCUACAUUAAGAUCGGGUAUACCACGCGCCCCGUGAUAGAGCGGCACGACGAGUGGUCGUUCGACUGCAAUAGGCAGACAAAGCCGCUAUACCCUUCCCUUUCUCAAGCCGCUGCUACCAUUUCAACUGCAAAAGAAGCCACAGCAGCGCCAGCCGUGCUUAUCCCACACCCGCGUCGCGUUGAGGCCUUGUGCCAUGCUGAGCUUGAUCAUCGCCGCAUCAGAAUUUAUUGUACCGCGUGCCUGAAGCAGCACAUAGAGUGGUUCCAAGUAUCGACCAUGGAGGCCACGGCUAUAAUCCAGAAGUGGUCCAGGUGGAUGACCACACAGCCGUAUGAAUUCCGACAGCUGAGGGUGGAUUCUAGGUGGGAGCUUAAGAUGAGUGAGGUACGACAGACGUCGAGACUCGACCAGUUCAUGCAAGAGAUUGCGGAAGCGCCUGCCUCGCCAUAG